CAAUCUCAUUCUCACUCUCAUUUCUUCAUCCUCUUCUUUUCCCCCAAAACUCCACACCCACGCAGAGAAACACACACUGCUCUGCCUCCUCAGAAUGUUGCGACAGGGUUCGAGAUCCCUCCUCAGCUUCCGCGGCCUCGAUGAUCUGGCGCCGCCAAUUGUCCAGUGAUCUCCCGGCGGAGACGGUCGGCGACUCCAAGUUCAAUGAUGCUUGGAAGAAAUUGAUCCCGAAUAUGGACCCACCAAAAACCCCCUCCGCAUACAUGUCACCCCGUCCACCAACCCCAUCCACCAUUCCAUCGAAGCUUACCGUCAAUCUAGUUCUUCCAUAUGAAUCUGUCUUAGCCGCCAAAGAGGUUGAUAUGGUCAUUGUCCCAGCAACUACCGGACAAAUGGGUGUUUUGCCUGGUCAUGUAGCUACAAUUGCGGAGCUAAAGCCUGGGAUUUUAUCAGUUCAUGAAGGUAAUGAUAUAACCAAAUAUUUUCUGAGCGGUGGGUUUGCUUUUGUCCAUGCAAACUCUGUGGCGGAUAUAAUUGCUGUUGAGGCCACGCCGCUGGACCAAAUUGACCCAACUUUGGUUCAGAAAGGUCUUGCUGACUUCCAACAAAAGCUAAACUCAGCAUCAACUGAUGUGGAGAAAGCAGAGGCACAAAUUGGCGUAGAUGUACACAGUGCCCUCAAUGCUGCUCUUACAGGUUAAGAGGCUACCAUGGGCAGAAGUCUUAAAGGCACCCAAGGUUUCUCUUUUCCGUCUUUCAUGUCUGCUUGAGUUGAAUCUUUUUGUACCCAUUUGCAGAAGCUGUUUUUCAGCUUGUUAUGAAACAAGUGCCUCAAUCCUGAGAUGAAAGGAUUCCUUGAAUAAAUAUUAUGACCAACUUGAUGAUGAUUUUA